GCCGAUUCGACGUGCCUUGGAGCUGCACAGGCACAGGGGACGAGUUGGAGCUCCUACGUAACCAAUGCCAUCACUCAAUCUUCAACUUCGUCGCUCUGAAAAGCCGCCAUUGCUAGCCCGCCCUAGCCCUUCCAGCUCGAUUGCUCGCCCCUGCUCCGAAGAGUGUCCCGAGGCCUAGUCCCAGUCGCUGUCGCAAACACGUGAAUUAUCCAACCAACUUCGGUGGUCGAUUUGGCGGGUGGUUGCUGCGACACCAUCAUGGCAAGCUCGACGUCAUUGCUACGCUGAACGAGCAGCCAGAGCUGGAGCUGUCGCGCAUGGUGGAAGGCCGCUUCUCGAGAAGAUGGCAGGCCAGGUCCGGGAUGGCGUCAACGGCCCGUUCAUCGCGUCGAUGACUGUCGCCGCCCUGCUGUCCAUAUUCUUCGUGCUCUACUUUAACCGAGUGCUGGCAUCAAUAAUAUCAUGGGCGCUACGGGCCUACACCUGGCACCAAUACCGAAUAUACAUCGAUAUACAAGCCCUGCAGGUCUCUUUGCUCGCGGGCCGCAUCUUCUUUACGGGCCUACGGUAUCACGGCAACAACGAGACGAUAGUCAUUCAGCAUGGCUACAUCACCUGGUCGUAUUGGCUAAGGAGGGUUCGCUCCGUCAGCAUUGAAAAAGGGUCGGCGGCGCAUGAGAAAGAGAAGGGCAAAGGCCAUACGGAUGAGGCAGGGCAGGGCAGCAUCCCGAAUCCAAAUGGCAGCCCUGGCACAUCUCGCGUCCCUUGUCGGGUCAACGUCUCGCUUGUCGGGCUGGAGUGGUUCGUGUACAACCGCAGCCCCGCUUACGACUUCAUCCUCAAGGGGAUCGUGGACGACGAUAGCCCGAGUUGCGAGCCCAGGCCAACCACGCCCGAGAAGCCACGGGAACCCCCCGGGACAGCAUCCACAGACACCAGAGGUAAUGAUGAAGGUGGACUGCUGCGGAGGAAGCGCACGCCCCCUCCGGACCAUGUCAAGCAAUCCCGCCCAGACAAUGUCCGCUCCAACCCGGGUAGGGAUGCCCAAGGGAGCGAUGAUUCUGGCGACGGCUCGAUGGCCCCUGAAGAUGAGCUGCCGCUGCCGCUCCAGCUAUUUCCAAUCAAUAUAGCCUGUGAGAAGGCUGCCUUGGUCAUGGGCAACGAAAACACCAAGGCAAUCUUGACAAUAAAAGCCGACGGUCUCAAUGGCGAGGUUGAUGCAUCUGCAACAGAAACGGUCGAUCCGUACCGGCAGAUAUUCAAGAUCAAGUUCAAGCACCCCGUAGUCGAGUUCAGGGACAACGAAGACUAUAGGGAGGAUCAGGCCAACAGGGCUACGAGGGAGAAACACCUUGCCGAGGCCAUGGACCCAGGACCUAGGCAGUCAUUGUUCAAGAGACAGAGGCGGAAGAUCUAUGGUCAGCUCCGUAAUCUUGUGCCAUACUGGAGGACCUCGGUCGAGUCUUUUUCGGUCGAUUCACGGGCUAGUGGCCUCGGCACUGCAGCGACCACAAUCCCUGGCUCUAGCCAUUGGCAGGGCUUGUCGAGGUAUCUCGACGAUCGCGAUGAAGACGAGCGGACGCGCUGGUCAGCAAUCGAGUACGCUGCUGUUCCGACAGUUAUUGACAGCCCCGAGGCCACGUUGACCCUGUACUGGGACGCCGUUGGCAAGGUUACCAGUCGGCCCGCCUUGGUGCGCGAGAAGGGAGCAGGCUACACAUCAACAAAUAUCAACGGGGACGAGCCCCCAGCAUGGGGAAUUGGUCUCUCUAUCAGAGGCGGCACGGUCAGUUAUGGCCCUUGGACCGACAGGCUGCGGGCGGAUCUCCAACGUGUGUUUUUUCCUGGGCUGUGCAAAGACUCUACUCCCGCACAGCCGCUUCCUGUUGGGGCCUGGAGGGUGCCGACCAAGUUCAAAUUUCUUGUCGAGCUGGAUGAUGAAGUUGCGCUUCGGAUUCCCACACGCGAAGAGUCCAAGAACUGGCGCUACAAGGGCCAAAACAUGGGAACCUCGACCGUUCGUCAACCUGAGGCGAAACGUAAGGCCCGCGGUAAGUUGAAGAAGGCAGAUGCGGCAACGCCAGCACAGCGACGGCCAUAUGGCUGGCUCGACCUCAAGAUUUCGGGCAACGCCACGAUUGCCUUCACUAUGGACAUGGUGGCAGGUGAGGCAGGGCACGCAAUGGAUCUGCGUGUUGACCUGCCUCCAGGGGCCGAAAUCUCGAGCAGUGUGAACCACGAGCUUUUCUGGCGCUCAGGUGGGAGGACGCGAGUUUCGUGUGAUCUCUCCUCCCCACUCAAAUGGAACAGCCUCAGGCAGUGGCGCUUCGAUAUAGACUGCCAGGAUCUCGAGUUGUUUAUCCUCCGCGACCACAUCUUCCUCAUCACCGACCUGAUUGAUGACUGGGCCACCGGACCCCCCGCCGACUACAUGGUCUUCACGCCGUUCAAGUAUCAUCUCGAUCUUCACUUUCGCAAUGUCAGAGUGUACCUCAACAUCAACGAUGCCAACAUCAUCAAUAGCCCUACCGACUUCGACGACAACACCUUCAUCAUCCUGUCAAGCCCGCUGCUCGAAGUUGGCACGUGCAUUCCUCUCGAUAAGUUCAGGCCCCCGCGCAGCGUCGUUCCGUUCGACGUCAAAGCCGAGGCCCUUGCUCUCGCGCUCCAUGUACCUCCCUGGAACACCCAGGCCGCAUUCCUUGCUUCCAAGGAUCUCGGCACGCUGGAGAAUUUUGACCUCAGCGGCGCCUACCACUACAACACCACCACCGCUCUCGGCAACACCGAUACUCUGGUUCUGAACAUCAGCGGCCAGUCUCUAUGUGUGACUCUUUAUGGCUUCCUCAUACGUUACUUUCUCAAACUCAAGGAUAAUUACUUCGGUGAAGACAUUCAGUUCAAGACCCUGGAAGAGUAUCAGGAGCUCCUCCGCCUCAAGCAGCAAAACCCCGACGCAGAACUCCCAAAUAAGCCACCGUCGAAAAAGUCCAACGACCUGGAUGUGAUCCUCAGCGUCAGAGCUGAUGACCCAAAAGUCCUACUUCCUGCCAAUCUGUAUUCAUCGCAGAAGCAUAUCCAAAUCGACACUGCUGGUGUUGAGGUGGAUCUCCGCUUUACCAACUACUAUAUGGACCUUGAUCUGAUCCUGGCGCCCCUAAGUCUCUCGCUCGGAAAGGAAGCCGGGGGAGCGGACACUCCGAUUAAUGCCACAUCUAGCACGCAACUUUUUAUCGAUGGCCUGGCUGUGUAUGGCCAUCGUCUCUUUGGACUUCCACCCGUGGAGCCCACAUAUCUGUGUAACUGGGACAUAUCGACUGGCGCAGUGACUGGGGAGUGCACCGCAGACUUCCUCGUCGCGCUCAUGAACGGAGGCAAAGCCUUUCUCCUAUCGUUUGACGACGAAGAGAACGCUCUGGUGUCUGCUUUGGCCCUCAAAGUGUACGAUGUCACGUUUUUGCGCGUCUUCGUUCAGUCCGUUCGUCUCUGGCUUCACGUAGAGGAGGCCGCGUUUCUACUGUCGACUGAGUCCAUCGAUGUCAAGUUCAAUGACUGGGCCAAAUCGCAUUAUUCGAAGCGCGCCAACAUCAACGUUCCAGGGAUCGAGAUUGCAUGCGUCAACUCGGAGUCUGCCCUCCGUCACAAGUCGAGAUCCCAGCUUCCGGCCGAGGCCGAGGCCAUUAUCAGAACGAGCGUGCAUCUCGCCAUAGUGGGCCGCAAGGCAGAGUUCACCAAGAACCGCGAGAUGCAGCAGGGGCUCUUACGGCGCGAAGACCAGCGCACCCAGCGAACCGAAUUUCUACUUCUUCCUGAGCUGUUUGGGCCAUUCGAGCCGGACCCUGUCGACCCGACCUCCCAGCCAGUUCCGCCGAUACCUCAGCCCACUCUCCCAGGAGACUUCCAGUCUGUUAGGGGCGACAGGGCGUCACUCGCAUCCAAGGGCACAUCGCGGAGGGCUCGGAGACUGCAGAAGAAAAGCUCGUUUCUCUCCCUGUCGAGCUCCAGCAGCUCCAGCACGAGGAGCAUUGUUCGCCCGCACGUCUCUCGCCAGUCAUCUAAAAGAUCAAGCCUGCAGUCCAAACACCACGGCCAGCUCCAACCCCUCACCAGGCUCGACCAGGAGCGGACGGGUAGCACGGCAAGGCAUAAGCGCGAACUAUCUGCCUCUACAGGGCGCCAUUCCGAUUUUCACAGCGCUUUGGGGGAUUAUAGUGACCGCCGCGACAACGACCACAACACCGUUGCGUUCUCUAGCCAGUACUUUGCACCAUACUUCCCCCUUGAAGCCGUUGCCAUUGACACGUCCAAUGCCGCAUUCCCCAGCGUUGAGACGAGCAGUGAAGGUGGCAGCGCUGACACUACCGAGUUCAACCUUGGCGAUAUCGACCCGGAAAUACUCAAUGAGGAUCGCACCCACACCAGCAUCCUGGUCGAAACGCCUUCAGGUGUCACUGCCUCGCUAAACCCAACCUCCGUGCGCUAUAUCGCGGCCUUGCUGACGGCUAUACAGCCGACCGAGCCCGAGGACAUCUUGGACGCAUUGCAAAUUGGUGCCAUGGGCGGCAUCAUGGAUUUACACAAGGACCAGGUGUCAAAAGGCAGCAUCGAUGAUAUUGUUCUGAGAAUUCCCAGAGCAAACCUACGCUUCGUCAGCUCAUCGUGCCUCGACUCGCCGCUUCCGUCACACGAUGAGCAAGAUCAGUACGACAUUUCCCUGACGAAGCUAGCCUUGGCUGUGCGCACUGAGAGUAGCUGGGAGGAUGCAUUCAAGCCGGAGACCAGACAUGUACGACACUCGUUCCACACAAGACUAGGGUCUAUCGAGGUUUCCGCCUCCGAGAAGCUUAGAGAUGCCGAGAACGUGCAGUGUGCGGUCUCUGGUAAAGUUGAGCACGUUAUCGUCUCUAUGGGUUCUCGGGACGUCACCUACAUUGAUGCCGAUAUCGGGCACAUCCAAGGGACCGCAUCCUCGGACAAGAUCGAGUAUAUCGCGUCGCUAGUACACCGUACAGACCGACUUGCGACCGAACUGGGCCGCACCAUCUCCAAUGCUGCUGGCAGAGAGGACCGAGUGCUGAAAUCCCUCAUCUGCAGUCUUGCGGCCCAGGGUCUGGGGGCGCCAGACCCUAGCUUCAUUGUGCGGCCAUCGGCAACUCUCCGCUCUGCCGACCAGCAUCUCCGCACGUUCGACUCGUGGAAGCUCGCCAUGCGUCUGAGACAGAUAUGGGCCACGAUGAACGACAGUGCCAGGGAGGAGAUUAGACUGCAGAGCCUAGGAGGCAAUGUAGAGGCUCCUGCCAACGCACGGCAACAAGUGCUGGCAUACUUCCAAAAGUGGAGGAGCUGGGAUCUAGAGGAUCUGGCCAAGUCAAUCCUCAUGAACAAAGUGUUCGGGCGGCUAGAGAAGUUGCCCGACCAGACAACUCCAGAGCCUCCUCUCAUGGCUGUUCUCCGAAUUCACCAAUUCCGUCUAGCUCUGGACCCUGGACCGAAGCAGAAUGAGGUUGCAUUCGUCGACCUCACGGCGAGGCUACAGAGGGGUGCCAACGCGGGCGACGCUGGUCCAGCAAAAGCGGCGGAUGCAAAGGCACCCACGGUGCUUGGUAUCGUGUGUGGAGACGCGGUCAUAUCCCUCAAUUGGGAACUGUGUGAGCUUGCAGACGACAUCCUCCGGCUCUAUAAGAAGCUGCAGCUCAACAGUGGAGUAGCUGAGCUGCCGCAGGAAGCUGCGGUUGCGUCGAUUGCCAAGAUCGACACCAGUGCUUCAGCACCCCAAGUCGGCACUGCUUCGAAGGCUGCUACCGCUGAGGUCAUCCAGGUUGUUCUCGAGGUAGAUCAGAGCGCCAUCGUCAUAGACACCAUCAACUUGAACACCAGGGUGUCAAGCAUGGGGCUCAAGGCUUCCCUUCUCACGGGCCACGGCAUCGACGGCUCCUCCGACACUAACUUCAUCCUUGGUUGCGAUUCGUUGACGUCGAGAAUCCGGAGCCACUCGCAGGUUAUUACGGUAUUCCAGCUAGACCGGCCCAGUGUGUUCUUCUCACAUGAGCUCCAGACCUCACAUACCAUCAACUCCCAUACUAUCAAAGCCACGGGCACGAGCAAUGGGCUGUCCCUUGCCAUCAAGCAAGAUCCCAUAAUGCUGAUGGAAGUAUUGGAUCUUGUCAUCAAGGACGAGGUUGCUCGGCUCUACGCAUUGAAACGCCAGCUCCCUACACCUUCAACAGCGCCGUCAUCGCCCGUUCCGUCAUCGCCAGUGUCAUCCAACAAGAAGAUCGCAGACAGGCUGUCCAACUUCAGGGUCAACAUAGCUCUAUUCCUCAACGAGUACAGCAUCAGUCUACCUCUCCUGCGGUCCUUGACCUACACCAUCUCGGGAGUAGUCGCACGUGCCGCCGUGGCUGCCAACUCUGGAAGGGAAAUUAUCUUUGACUUUGACGUCAAGGAAAACUCCCACGAGAUGCAGAUAAACGUGGACAAAGCGCCUCGGAGCGUUUCCUUGUUGCAGAUUCCUCCCACCAACGGCCGCAUCACGAGCCUAAUUGGCCAAGGCGACAACACGACCACCGUGUUCGCCUCCGUCGAGCCCAUCCUCCUGGACGCCUCAGCUGUCUACAGCUUGCUGUCUGCCCUCAACCGGCCAGAGAUCUCCAGCACCCUCAACGACAUCCAGGAGCAAGUACAGAUCAUCAAAGAUCAUGUCGGCGAGAUCUUUGACGACGGGCCUGAGGUUGUGCCGACUAACGAGGCGGUCGAGACCAAACAAGGCUCAGGCCAGCCCUUGGCAUACUCGGUUCAUCUCACAUUCGCUGGCCUGGAAGUUUUCGGAGACGCCCCUCUUAGAUCUGAGCAUGAGCCACUCGCCCGCCUCUGCUUCUUGCUCGACCGCAUACAUUUCGAAGUGACGAACAAGGCUGACCAGCACAACCGUGUCCUGGAAAAUCCCGAGGUACACUUCAACCUCCGCAAAAUCGCGUUUGAGAUCCAAAAGGGCAAGCCAGGGGCCAUGGCCAGCUGCGGAAGCGUGGCAUUCGGGGCGCUCGUCACGGCAACAACCAGGGUUCUGGAAAGCGGCAGAGAGGAGCGAUCGCUGAAUGUCAGCAGCAACGGCUUCAAUGUUGUCCUCUCGCCCGAAACAGUGUCGACGUUUGUGGACUCGCUGGGAUACAUGGGAGACAAGAUCAAGGACCUGGACACGUCUCGGGAGCGCGAGUACCUCCGAAAGCUGCGGCAGAACAGGCCGCGGAUAGCGAUCAACGACGAGGAGGCAGAUGACGAGUCGGACAUCAUCGAGUCCUUCUUCACCUCGAUGGUCUACUCGUUCGAGAUCCGUGACAUCCAAAUCUGCUGGCUGGUACUGGGGCCUCGGCAAGAACCGUCACACGGCAAAGAGGAUCUCGUCUUCACGCUCCAGAGGAUCGAGUUUGGAACACGAACGAGGAACUCGGCGCGCCUCACAAUUGAGAACCUUCAGGUCCAGAUGAUGUCACCGGCUCAGGAUCGGAAGAUGCGAUCACCCAAUUCAGCACUUCUCCCCGAGGUUGUAUUCAGUGUGGCAUACGUCUCAACCGCCGAGGCGAGGCGCCUGGCCUUCCAAGCCGUGGGCAAGUCGGUCGAUAUCCGCCUGACAUCAGGCUUCAUUGUCCCAGCGGCCAACCUGAAUCGCUCCAUCUCACUGUCCGUCAAAAAUAUACAAGAGGCAUCCGAGAACUGGGUUCCAACAACGCCGCGGCCAGAUGCAGACCAGGCCAGUCCGCAGGCGCAGGAGGAGGUCAAGAAGCCGGCGCGCACCAGGUCGCUCCUGGGCAGCAAGCGGCUCGAGUCGCUACUUGUUGACGCAGACUUCGCUGGUGCGGUAGUCCACAUCAGCGGCAAGAAGGCGGCCGAGGACUGGAUGCUGUAUCAAGGGCAGGGCAAGCAUGGCCAACUUGGCCACGAUGAAACCAGCAGCGGCACCGUGCUCAGAACGCCAAACCUGGCACUCAAGCUGGAGUAUCGAGACAACGGCAGCGACGACCCCUCGGUGUAUGCAGAGACCAAGAUCGGCGCGUCGAGCAACACGCUCUUCCCCUCAGUCGUGCCCCUGAUCAUGGAUAUCACGGACAGCAUCAAGGAGGUGGUGAGCGAUGACAAGGGAGGCCAGGUCCACACCCCAGAGCGCGCGCCCAGUGCUGGGACAAAGGAAGAGCCCAAGCCCGAGGACAGCAUCCUUCUCACCGCAGAUCCGACUGCCGUGCUAGGCCGCGUCAAGCUGAACCUCGGCCUUCGCAUCGACCGGCAAGAGUUCUCGCUCAGCUGUCAGCCAAUUGCCCGAGUGGCGGCCACGACUAGUUUCGAGGACAUCUACUUCACCGCCAACACAGUCCGCUCGGUGGAGCAAGGAAACUUCCUUGCCAUAUCCGGGGCGUUCAGCAACAUCCAGACAUCGGUUCAGCAUGUGUACUCGCGCGAGUCGACGGGCAGUUUCGAGGUGGACUCGAUCGUCCUCUCGCUGAUGAACAGCAAGCACGUCAGCGGCAUCAGCGGUGUGUCCGCCAUCCUGAAGGUCAGCCCUAUGAAGGUGGCUAUCAACGCCAAGCAGCUGCAAGACUUCUUGCUCUUCCGCGAGAUCUGGAUGCCCCGCGACUCGAGAGCGGCUGGAAGCGCACAGGACACAUCAGCGUCACCGGUGGCAGCCAAGCUGCUGACGGAGACAUCACAGGGCCACCUAGUGCAGCGGUAUCAGCAGGUGGCAGGCACAACGGCAUUCCCUUGGACCGCCACUAUCUCCAUCAGCGCGCUCGAUAUCAACGUGGACCUUGGUCAGGCGAUCGGGAAGUCGGUUUUCUCCAUCACGGAAUUCUGGAUCUCGUCCAAGAAAACGUCGGACUGGGAGCAGAACCUCUGCCUCGGGUUUCAAAGGAUCGGAGUGGACAGUGCAGGACGCAUGAGCGGCUUUGUGGCCAUGCAGGACUUCAAGCUCAGAACGUCAAUCCAGUGGCCGGAGCGGGAGCAGGCGCUCAACGAGACACCGCUGGUCCAAGCGUCCAUUGGCUUCAGCCAAUUCCGAGUCAAGGCGGCGUUCGACUACCAAGCCUUCCUCGUAGCGGACAUCUCCAAGAUGGAGUUCCUGAUGUACAACGUGCGACGCAGCCUGGACGGCGGCGGCGACCGGCUCGUGGCGAGCUUCGACGGCGACGCGGUGCAGGUCUUUGGGACAACGUCGUCGGCGGCGCAGGGGGUGGCGCUGUACCAAGCGUUCCAGAAGCUAGUGCAAGAGCGGCGGACCAACUUUGAAGCGUCGGUGCGGGAGAUCGAGAAGUUCACGCGCAGGCGGUCGUCGACAAUGCCAGAGGUGGUCAAGAGGCUUACAAUACCCAAAAAGAAGGCGGACGAGGACGGCCUCUCCAAGGCGCCCAUCUCGCUGGACACUGACGUGGUGGUGACACUCAAAGCACUCAACCUGGGUUUAUUCCCCAGCACGUUUGGCGACACCCAGGUGUUCAAGAUGGAGGCGCUCAACACGCAGGCCCGGUUCGCGGCCAGUGUGCGCGAGCAUCGUGUGCACAGCAUGCUUGGUCUCACCUUGGGACAGCUCCGGAUCGGACUUGCAACCGUCAGGCACGACGGCCUGGACAGUGGCCCCCGCAGCGGCAAAGGAUCAGGGGCAGCAGCGAGCGAUAUGUCGGUAGAGGAUGUGGUGCUGAGGGCGACGGGAUCUCGAGGCGGGACUAUCCUUAAGGUGCCGCGGGUGGAAGCCAUGAUGCAAACUUGGCAGCACCCCUCGUCGCGCCACAUCGAGUACAUCUUCAAGAGCGCUUUCGAGGGCAAGGUCGAAGUCGGGUGGAAUUACAGCCGUGUGAGCUACAUACGCGGCAUGUGGGCCAACCAUUCCAAGACGCUGGCACUAGCCUCGGGCAAGGAGCUGGCGCUGCCGGCGAUCCGGGUCACAGGCAUCCCCGGGUCAUCAGACGGGGGCGGCGGCGACGGCAAGGGCAGGGACAAGGGUGGCGACGAAAAGGACGAGGCGGCCAACAAGAUCACGGCCGAGGUGCACGUCCCGCAGAGCAAGUACGAGUACACGCCGCUGGAGCCGCCCAUCAUCGAGACGCCGCAGCUCCGCGACAUGGGCGAGGCGACGCCGCCGCUCGAGUGGAUCGGGCUGCACCGCGACCGGUUGCCGAACCUGACGCAUCAGAUAGUGAUCGUGUCGCUACUUGAGCUAGCCGGCGAGGUGGAGGACGCGUAUAAGAGGAUCCUGGGCACUUCCUGAAGCGGAAAGCUCUUGCUCUACUUUGAUUUGAUUGUUUUUCUUAUUUUUCACUUCCCUCUUCUCCUGGCUCUCUACGUGCUAUCCAGGCUUAUCAUCAUAAUCUCGGUAUGACAGCUUGAGUCUGACUCCGUCGUUCGUUUUUUUUUAUCACGACUUGACGGCGUUCAGGGGUUUUGGGUGUCAGGUGAAUCGCGCUCAGGGGUUACUGCCCAUUCACGGCAGGCUCGCGCAGGGAUCUCCCCAUUUUAAUGGUGCACGUUGGAAAGCGCACGCACACAGCAGAUAGUCAUAGAUAGAUAGGUACACAAAAAGACAUCAUGUUUCCAU